AUGUAUUCACGUUCGCCAUUGAAAGACUUUAGCCUUUUAAUCUCUCUUCUGACGAGCUUAUUCUUCCAAGUCAUCCUCACCCUCUUUGGAAGCUUUCGGAAACGCUGUUCAAGCAAAUGGCUCACCUUCCUCCUCUGGUCUGCUUAUCAGUUGGCUGAUGUUGCAGCCACCGCUUGCCUUGGGAUAUUAACCAGCUUCCCCGGUGAUGAACUGAACGAGAUCGCCCCAAUUUGGUCUUCUUUCCUUCUAUUACAUCUUGGAGGCCCUGAUAGUAUCACGGCCAUCUCUUUAGUAGACAAUGAACUCUACUUUAGACACUCCAUUCAGCUCCUCUACCGAGUUGGAGUUGCUGUCUACAUCCAUGUCAAACUAUUCCUUGUCAGUCGUGGACAUUUUGGAGGGUCGAUCUCCUGGUUUGCAGUUCUCAUAUGGAUGUUGUUGGCUGGAAUCUCCAAGUAUGCCGAGAGGACAUGGGCUCUUCACUCAGCAAACAUGGGUAUUCUUAGAGAUUCUAUGCUUCCUCCUCCUAAUUCAGGGCCAAUUCCAAUAGUCCCUGAUGAUGACGAUGAUCAUCAUAAGGAUGAUGGUGAUCCCCAGUUCAUUCCCAUGGAUGAAUAUGCUUUGGGGAUGGUGGCGGCACCAGAAGUAGCCCCUUCUCCGACACCGAAUGAUGGGUCAUUAUUGAAAGACCAAUUAGAUUUUGAUAAGGCAAUAUUACUGCUAGCCUACAAAUAUUUCUGCAGUUUCAAGUGCCUCUUUGUGGAUCUCGUGGUCCCCUGCUCUAAUAAUAUUAUCGACACCCAGAGAUUCUUCUUACAAUGCCCUUGUGGAGUUGCCUUCCAACUUAUUGAUGUGGAGCUUAGGUUCAUGUACGAUAUGCUCUUCACCAAAGCCCUUGUGGUUCGUACUUCUUUAGCCUGCAAUUUAAGAUUCCUUCGAUAUUGUGCCAUUCUCUAUGCCUUAAUAGUGUUCAUUCGCAGUGGCGAGUUUGAUUUGUCAUAUGUAGACCUUUUCCACUUAGUUGCCUUACUUUUCUUUAGUUGGGCACUUAUUCAAGAAACAUACGAAAUCAUUCAAAUGCUUCUAUCGGAAUGGACUGUCGUUUGGCUGCAUAAGCACAACUUCAAAAGGCUAUCGACGAUAAUUUUGAAACUCAUCCUCUCCUGUCGAUUACAUGGUUCUAAACUCAUCAGCAGAUGUGGAGUGGGAAGAGUAGCUUCUGAGACAACAAGAAGAAACUCAUGGGGUUAUAACAACAUCAUGGCCCAAUAUAAUCUAUUGAGCUUUUGCUUCAAAGACGAGCCAACAAUAUUUGGAAGAAUUCUACAUCUUUCUUCUUGGGGGAAAUCAAUUCAUGAGUUGGGAGCAAACAGUCGGAACACAACUCACAUACAUGUCUCCAACGAUAUUAAAGAUUUCACCUACCAACAAUUUAAAGAAAGGGUUCAAACAUCUGAUGAAGAAAUCAAAAGUGCAGAAUUUUGCAAUCCCAGAGGCAAAUGGGUGAUGAAAAGGAAUAAUUGCUUAGAAGAACUCGGUUGGAGUAUUGAUGUUGAAUUUGAUCAGAGCAUUCUUAUCUGGCAUGUCGCCACAGAUCUCUGUUACUAUUUUGAUGAUCUUGAUUCAAUUGAAUGCGAAGCUGCAACACUUCAAGUUAAAGUGAGUAAGGCCUUAUCAGAUUAUCUAUUAUAUCUUAUUCUCAUUCUCCCUUUUAUGUUGAACAAUAAAAUUGGAAAGAUUAGGUUUCAAGAUACAUGUGCUGCAGUUAAAAAAUUGUUUGAUCAUGUGCCCAUGGAUAAAAGAGAAAAGAAAAACAAGCUUUUUUCUUUCAUUCUUCGGAGGAAGAAGUCAUCACUUGGUGAAAAACAAACACAAGAUUUCAUUAAGAGGUUGCUUAGGUCGGAUGCCCAAGUUUUGACAAGAGACCCUGAAGCAGAUAGAAGCAAAUCUGUGUUGUUAGAAGCACAAAAGCUUGCAAAAUUGCUAACAUCAUUUGCAGUUGAAGAAAGAUGGAAGAUCAUAAGUGGUGUGUGGGUGGAGAUGUUGUCAUAUGCUGCAAGCAAUUGUAGUGGGAAGCACCAUGCCCAACGACUUUCUGAUGGUGGUGAGUUUCUCACUAAAAUUUGGCUUUUGAUGGCUCAUCUUGGUAUGAUAGCUUAG